GAUUCAUCGAAGGUGGUUGGCAUCAGGGACUUGACAGCUGUUGCAUAUCUGCGAAUGCUUGGAGUAUGUUGCAACAUUACACGUGCUACUAGUAGGGAUAUUCGUAAUUCCGUCCAUAGAAUGCUGACAGCUGCCGUUUACAUAAUUUGAAUAUAGAUGUUACAGAUUGUUCGGGAUGGACGUAAUCGCCUACAAUCACCACGAGAUCGCGAGCAUCGGAAAUAGCAUCGAUGGAGGUGACGUCGAGGACCAGUACGAGGACGAAGUGGAAGGUAUACUGCCUUACAUCGAUAUCGAUCGAAAUCUUCUAACGAUCGACCAGCUGACCACUGCCGGUAACGAUAAGAUGCCCUUCAGGAGAAGCCUCUUCCCAAACGUGGCGCCGUACAUCGUUUUCCAGUCGUUCGACUACAAGGGACCAACAACGCCUUACGAAGUAACCAGACACCUGAGGUGGCGUUUGAGUACGAUUACCCCGUUAAUAGUACGUCGUACCUUGGUAAACUCGGGUUUUAGACUGACGAAGAAAUCCCAGAAAUGGUGCGGUACGUGGGGCAAGCACAUGAAGUCCGCCUGCUUCAAGACCCUGAAGGAUUCGCAGAAAAUCAACCACUUCCCAGGAACAUUUCAGAUCGGCCGAAAGGACCGUCUCUGGCGUAAUCUUAGCUGGAUGAUGAUGAAACACGGGAUCAGAGAAUUCGGUUUCGUUCCGAGGACCUUCGUUCUACCUCAGGAUAUGAAUUGCUUCCGGCAAGUGUGGAAGAAGCUAGGUGGCCACAAGGAAAAGUGGAUCGUGAAACCGCCAGCCUCUGCUAGGGGGACCGGGAUCAAAGUGGUCCAUCGUUGGUCCCAAAUACCAAAGAAACGCGCUGUGGUCGUCCAGCAGUAUUUAUCCAGACCAAAACUGAUCAGCGGCGCGAAGUUUGAUUUGCGUCUGUACGUUCUCGUCACGAGCUUCAAUCCGUUGAGGAUAUACCUUUAUCCGGAUGGUCUGGUGCGAUUCGCCUCCGUCAAGUACAAUGACGAUAUAAACUACCUCAGCGACCGCUUUAUGCACUUGACCAAUUACAGUAUCAAUAAGACCAGCGCUACUUACACCAGCAACGAUUCCGCCGAUUCUUGUUCAGGGCACAAGUGGACGCUCAGAACGCUCUGGUCGUAUCUCGAGAAGGAGCACGUGAACGUUACCAAACUGUGGGAGUCUAUGAAAGACAUUGUGGUCAAGACUAUGAUAGCGGUCGAGUCACCAAUCACCACUCUAACGAGGACCAACACAACCUCGCGAUAUUGUUGUUACGAGCUAUUCGGGUUCGAUAUACUUUUAGACGAGAACCUGACACCAUGGUUAUUGGAGGUGAACAUCUCUCCCUCGUUGCAAUCCUCCUCGCCCCUCGACAUGGCUGUGAAAGGCCCGUUAAUUAAGAACGUCUUUAAUAUAGUUGGGUAUCAACUGCCAAGUAGCUUAUCAACGGAAGACGAAGAGAAGAUAGCACAAAAAUAUCAAUUGGACGUCGUGUGUCAGGACCAGAGGCUACAUAGGUCCACUAUUAGUUAUCAAGAACGGCAUAAGCAAUCCAUGUACACGAAUUUAAGGAAUAGGGAUGAUUAUAUUGACGAUAUAUUAGAAGUUCUUACUCCGGAUGAUGUUAGACAUUUAAUAGCGUAUGAAGAUGAACUGACGCAGUUAGGCAAGUUCGAGAAAAUAUUCCCUACUGCUGAUAGCCACGAGUACCUGCAGUAUUUCGACGUUCCCAGGUAUUAUAAUAUGUUGUUCGAUGCGUGGGAAACGAAGUACAGCGACAAUCGGGAAAAGGGAAUAUCGAAAUUACAGAAACUCUGCGAAACGAAAUAUCAUUUGGCGCAGCAAGUGAACUGCUAGGUGACCUGAGCUAGGGACAUAAAUUCGUUCUGUUGACGUCUUCCACGUCGACGUUGAUACCGUCAAAAAACGUGUGAAUCAUUUUCUUUUUAUAUACGCUAUACACCACCUUGUUAUAUGUGAGUUACUAUAGUACCGACGUACCAUGUCACGAUACGACCGCAUCAUGUGCCUUUUUCACGGUUGUGCAAAUUUAUUUUGAUGUAUUAAAUCUCUAUCUUAAUAAAUCAUUU